CAGGCAAGAACGUGCCGCAUGCAGGCACAGAGCGGCGAGCGGCGAGCGCCCUUGCAAUUUGGCGUCAUACAUGAUGGACUGCAGAGAUAAGUAAGGUAGGGUAGGUACUAGGCAGAGAGGAUUUUGGCGCUUACUUGGAAGCUUUGUGAACAUUGAAGCAGUCUUUUCAUUCCUCUUCCAAGGAACUCCGGUAUCCGAGGUAUGUAUGCUAAGUUCAGGAGCUGCAUUUCCGUCCUUGUCAAAGGAGCCUCAAAGAAGGUAUAAAGCCCGCGGCUUUGCAGGUACAAGUCAGCGGUUGAUGAUAACGUUGCCAGCUGAAUCUGAGGGGUGGACGUCCUUGCUCUUCCCAGGUACAAGCACGGUAUCUGCACAGAGGACGGCAAUGUGCACUCUCAAGUGCAAGCUGGUAUUACAGUAGAUGGAGAAGUGCUAGUGCACUUGUCCUAGCAAUUGGAACAGGUAAAGCAGGUUGAUUCGCCUCAACUCCAAUACUCAGAGAAGCCUUAGUCGGUCACCCGAUGGGCAAACUUACCACACUAGUUGGGAGGUUCUCUGCCCGUGGGAAAGACAGAGGCGCGGUCCCUGACCAGCCGGACGGCCGGGAGAGCACCCCACCUCGUCGGGAGCAGCAAAAGGCUGAGGGCAGCGGGGGACCAUAUGUGGAGAGAAACGGGCGGCAUGCACUGGGGCCAGAGCUUUCCGAAGAGUCAGAGAGAGGGGAAGGGGCGCAUGAUGUCGCCGCUUUCGGGUCUGAUGUCAGCACGGAGUUCAAGCGGGAGGCCCCGCACACGUACAGCGGGGAGCUGGACGGCUUGGUGGUCACGCGGCCGACAUUCCAGAGCAUGGUGUUCCAGAGGCCAAAGAGUGCGGCAGGCGACUCAAAGGCGUGUGCAUCUUGUCGGAGGGAGGCAGACCCGCGACACCCUGGCUCUUUGUUCACUGCUGAGUGUGGCCACACAUUCCACUUCGAGUGCAUCGCUCUGGGCCUCGACCUCGGUCAGCUGCGGUGUCCGCUCUGCCGCAAGACGUGGCGCCGCCUCCCGGACACGGGGGCCUGGGCCAACGGCGCGCUGGGCUACUCCUACCAGGGACAGCCGCUGAACCGCAAGGGCGCAGGUGCCCGACCACCCCGCAGCAGCCGGCCCUCGACAACCCCUCCGCUUCCCCCUGCUGACGACGAUGUAGACUUGGACGACAUCCCUGUGGCACCCGUGAUUCAGCACCCCUCCAAACCUAACCAGGCCCCAGGCUCCGGGCCUUUAGCCCUGGAACGUCCGCCCACCUUCCGCGACAUGACGGAAGCCGGAACGGGGCCUUCGGAGGGCCCUCCGGCGUCAGCAUUCAAGGGCUCCUGGGCAAAGAGAACCCUGCAGCUCGAUGCCGACGAAUACGAAGCCGAGCAGUCGCCCGGGGACCCGUUCCACUUCCACCACUCGGAGCGCUUCUCGGAAGCGUCCCCGGGCGUGCUUGACGACCUGCCAAGCCCGGUGGCUCUGCAGCGGGGGGGCGACUUUGCCAAGAGAAAGGAGGGGGGGGGAGCCCCGGCGCCCGAGUUUUGCUUCGGCGUGCAUGCGAAGAGCGACGCACAAGAGCGCAGCCAGAGUCCUCCUGAACCGGCACCAGCUCAAGAUACAGGUGGUGUGAACAUACCCGUUCAGCCGCCGGCGCUUAAGGUGAAUAAGCCCGGUUCGGCCCCCGUUCCUGGGCCACAGGCACCCCCCAUCUUUGCGCGUCGCCGGAGGACCUCAAAGGACAGCGCCCCGCUGCCCAGCAUCAUCGAAGCCGCGUCGCCCGACAAGAAAAGCACCCACCUGAAGCCACCCCCCGGGCGGAAGACCCCUCCAAUCAGCCCGCGGCGGCGCUACGAGAGGCGGCAGGCCGCAAAUACAGAGGACACAGGGCCGGCUCCCAAGCUCGUGGCGAACCCCCUGGAAGGAAAACGACGGUCGCAAUCCUUUGACGGCGAGAACAGGGCGGCGGGGGAGGGUUUGAGAGGAGUGGGGAGCUUGACGCCGCCCCCCGGAAGGGGCAGUCUAACCCCCCCGCCAGGGAGGGGGGCCCGGCCGGCUGCGAGUAAGCUGGACGAUCAGGAUUGGGCACACUUUUUCGCUCCCAGCAGAGAGUUCAAACCCACCGGUGCUUUGGUAGAAAGUAGUGGCUCUGAUGAGGAGUCGCCUCCAGCCAGGGGGCGGGGCAGGAAAGCCCCGGAUGUCGAGCCCGUUACGGGGGACGAGAUGUGGAACCAGAGUGCAGAGAUUCUUACCAGCGGGCAUGCGCUGCCUCCGGAUCACCCCCUGUUUGCGAGCUACUCCAAAGCAUUCAAGGUCCUUGACAGGAACCCUCCUGUAGAAGUGGGCGUCUACAAAUCGCCUGUGACCAGCCGCCCCGGCUCGCUCUCCCCAGAACCGGGAAGAGGCUCCCCCAGCCCCGUCAAGGAGAGCAGCCCCUCUAGAGAGUUCCCCGAGCACCUGGAAAGCUUCCGCACGUCCGUGCCCCCCGCCGACGGAACUUGGUCGUCCAUGGACGAGAACGAGCGGGACAUUCGAGUCGACACCAACAGCAACAUCGUGUACAGCCGCUCGACGGACCGUCCGCAUGCAGCUGGGGAGCGUCCGAACACUGCCGAUGAGCGUCCAAACCCGAUCGCAGACAGCCGCGGCUGGUUUUACAACAGUGACUUUGGGUCGGACGGCAUCUCGGAGGUGCUGCGGGGGGUGCAGGAGCAGCGCGGGGCCAACCAGCCGGAGGCCUGGAAUCAGGCGAGCGGGCAUCAGUUCGGGGGGAGCCUGCAGGCGGAUGGCGGGUUCGACAUGGCGCGCUUUGAGGCGGCGAUUGGACCGGAGAUGUUCGAUGAUGACGACCCGGUGAUGCCGCUGCAGCCAAUCCCGGGGAGUGCGCCGGAUCUGGAGAUCUCCGUUCGAAGCGAGCACCCCGCGGUUGCCGCCGCCGACUCCCGCGACAAGUUCCUUUGCCUAGUCACCGUCAAAGCGGCGCCACUGGCCAAACCCCCCGCUUCUAACCCGAGCAGCAGCAACCAGUCUCCGCCCGGCGCCACUUCACACCACAGCCGAAAAGCGUCGGGCAGUGGCCGCUCCUUCGAAUCUGACGUGGGCACGUCGGGCGUCCCCAGCCGCAAGCGGACCGGUUCUCGUGGCUCCGCCGAGCUGGACAGCUUGGAGUGGCCACGGAAUGCGGGUGACCGCCUCCAAAGAGCCGGGUCUGCAGACGUGGCGCUCCUGCAACCGUUGGAGAGGCGCGACUCGGCGGAUCUCGACGGCUGGCUGACGGAGCAGAUGACGGAGCGGCUGCGGUUGUCGGAGAGCGUGUGCCCGGCCCCGGAGGCACUCCCCGGGCCGGACCCGCAUUCGCUCGAGGAGGCGCGCGCCCCGCUGGACUUGGUCGCGGUCCUUGACGUCAGCAAGAGCAUGAUGGGGCGCAAAUUGCGGCUGGUGCAGAAGACGAUCGAGUUCGUGACCCAGAACCUGGGCCCGAACGACCGGCUCUCGGUGGUCGCGUUCUCGAAGCGCGCGUACCGCGUGACGCCCCUGCUGCGCGUCACGGACGCCGGGCGCGAGCGGAUCGUCUCCGCUGUCAAGCGGAUCGAGGUCUCGUCCGGGACGAACAUCGGCGCGGGGCUGCGGCUGGGGCUGAAGGUGUUGAAAGAUGCGCGCACGCGAAACCCGGUGCGCGCGGUGGUGUUGCUGUCGGACGGGCAGGACUCGUGGGGCCGGCGCGAGAUGUCGCUGCUGCUGCCCGAGUGGGGCGUCACCGACUGGGCUGGGGUUGCGGUGCACACGUUCGGGUUUGGGGGCGACCACGACGCGGAGGCCAUGUUCUCGGUUGCAAGCGAGGCCAAAGGCACGUACAGCUUCAUCAAGAAAACGGAGGGCGUGCAGGACGCUUUCGCGCGGUGCAUCGGUGGGCUGCUCACGGUCGUGGCCCAGGACGUGACGGUGUCGCUCCAGGUGGGCGGACUUAAUGUUGAUGGUAACGGUUGUCGGAUCCAGCAUCUGCACGCGGGGAUGUUCGAGCGGACGGUCGACGAGGCGGGCACCCGGGCCGAGAUCGUGCUGGGCGACAUGUACGCCGAGGAGGCCCGCGAUAUCCUGGUGGAGCUGAACCUUCCCAAGUUCGCGGGUUCGAGGGGUGCGGACGAACGCCAGCUCGUGCUUGCGGCUUCAGGGAACUAUGUCCAAGCGCGCACUCAACUCAUCAAAGCGGUAACCCCAGCGGAGCUUGUGGUGUCCCGGCCACUCCAAAUCCCGCCCGGGGAGGACCUCGUUGACAUCGACGUAGACAGGCAGAGGAACCGGUUGAUUGCAACCCGGGCGAUGAGCACCGCUCGGGAGUGGGCGGAGCUCGGGCAACUAGGAGCGGCACAGAAGAUGCUGGAAAAUGCAAUAGCGCAGAUUGGGCAGUCCGCCGCGUUUGCGGGAGGCGAUCCGCUGACGUUGCAGCUAGAUAACGACCUCAGAGAGUGCGCGGUAGGGUUUGCGUCUAUGGAUGAGUACGAGGAACGGGGCCGCGCGUUUAGUAUGUCACAGGGCUUGUCGCACACAAUGCAAAGGGCGAGCACGUCCACCUUUAGGAGGGGGUCUAGGACAGGGUCAGCGGGCUAUAGCACGUCAACAAUGGAGUUCAUGAUCAAUCGCUCGCAGUGCUUUGAAGUAAAGCGGUAGACGGGGACUUUUGCGUUUGUCAUAGUGGGUCGCGGUUCGACGGGAUCGGCCAGGCUCAUUGGAAAGGAGCCUGGUCGUUAGGUUAGUUAUUGAGUUUGAGGUUUCUUCCCUUAUCAAACACGUGAGAGAAGGGAAGCCUGCGAGAUCCGCUGAAAACGCGAGUAUCCCUAAUCAGGAAGGUGACCUAGGUUAGAGUGAACAAUGUGGAUACCCUAUAUCUCAAAGGAGUAUCCAGUCGGGGUUCGUUUCUUCAGUUGAUCAGACACGCGGGUCGUUUCUGUGCUGGAUUACUUGUUUGCUACAAGCCUACCGAAUGUUAG